CAUCGUAUUCAAAUACCAACAUAUAUUCACCUUCACAGAACUUACUUUCGUCAGGAGUUUUUCUUCUCUUUAUCAUCUUGUUCAUCAUAUUUAAACGUUGUUACAUAUUUAUCUCCAUAAAUCCUAUCUUUUCAACAGUUCUUUCUUCUCUACCUCUCUAAAACUACUUAGCUAUGAAAAUUUUGUGCGUAGUAUGUGAAGUAAGGGAGGCCACGAUUUGGUGUUGUGGAGAUGAAGCACCUCUUUGUUAUGGUUGUGAUCAGAAUGUUCACACAGCUAAUAAGUUGGCUUCCAGGCAUCACAGAGUUGCUCUCCUGGAAACUACAUCAUUGUCAAAGUGUGAUAUUUGUCAGGAGGCAGUGGCUUUCUUCUUUUGCCGAGAAGAUCGAGCUUUGCUCUGUUCACACUGUGAUCUCGCCGUCCACUCCUUGAACAUCCAUGUCUCAGCUCACCAGCGCUUUCUAUUGCCUGGAGUGAAAGCCGAGCUCGCGCCCAUCAAACAGAGUCCACUCACCUCCUCAUCAGUGAAAAAAUGUGCUGAAAAACAAACGUCUAGUAGAAUGGUGCAAAAGGCAUGUCCUGGUGAACAUGUCCAGCCCGUUAGAAAUAUCGCGACUAACGGGUUGGCUUCUGCUGAAGCCUGUGUAUCCGAAGAUAUCUGGGAGCGGGAACUCAAUGAUAUCUUCGGAAACACAGGCUUCGGUAAAAGUAAUGUUGAUGUCAAGCCCGGGGACUGUUGCACACCAAUAUUCAGCAUACAUGACAUUGAUGUAGAUCCUGAUGAGGACUUAGUUCCGUCCUGGAGAGUUGAUGCUAAUCUGGAUGCGGACGAUAACGUGGUUGAGGCCUGGAUAGCUCAUCAUACUCAAGGAAAUAUAGAAAGCUCAUCAGCGGUGGACGAAAACCAUAGCUUGACUAGUGCCUGGACAGAGGAACCAAGUCAAGCCUGGGCGGUUCCAGAGCUCACACUCGACACAGUUGAAUUGGAUUCGGCUACCGUGUGUGUUCCUGAUGUGUCCUACUCCCUUGUGAACCAAGAAAAUGGAUCCGGUCUCGGUCGAAAGCGGAAACGUCACAUCGAGACCGGUUCACAAGGGAGAGGACAAUAGCUAUGAGUAGACGGGGAAGAAAUCCAAGUUUUAGGGAAGUUUUGAUGCUUUAUGUACCGAGUUUAUCAAUCCAGAAGUGCAAUAAACAUAAUGAACUUGAGUUCUGAUGUUUUCCUGUGAUAUACUGAUACGCGUUUACAUAAAUCAAAGUGUUGCAUUAAGCGCUCGUUAACAUCUUGAUCCUGUAUUAAACCCAAAUAUGAAA